GACCUGGGACACCAGGUGGGUGAAAUUAAGGGCGAGGUAUGACACAAAACCUGCAGGCACCGGUCCUCGUAGGAUAGGAGUUGAAUACCCCUGCGACAAUAACUUGAGGUAAUGAAUUCUAGACAGUAGGCGCGUGCCCAGGUUGAACGGACCCUCCACGGGGCGCGCUUCGCUGGGUGAUUUGAAGCAGGCCGAGGGGGAUGUUUCAACUAGUGGACCUGCCAUAUUAUCUUACAGUCGCGGGCACGAGCCAAUGCAAGCUACCAAGUAAUGCGCUCAGGGCACGUAUCAUUGCGGAAAUACAACUUUACCGUUAACGUUUUUGCAUCAUGUUUGAGACCCCUCGAAAAUCUAUUAAAACACGGGACGCGUGGUCAGAGAGUCAGGAGGAGUUGAGCGAGACGCAACCGGUGUCCCCCGUAGGUACCGGGAACCGUGGGAAGAAGAAAAAGAAAAGGAAACCACAACAACACGCUGAGAAACAAUUGGCUUCCUCUCUCCAGAUCUGUACAGGGGACCCGUGUGAACGAAAAGAACAAUCCGAGAAACGGUACACCGAUUACGACACAGACGAACCGAUACUGAGAGGGAUUUUUCAAAUAGGGAAGAAGAGUCACGACGUCCUGCUGACAUCGAGAAGGGUGACAUGGAGUCCUAUUCAGCCAGAGACCCCUACAGGUCAUGUGGAGACUCUAAGGCAUAUGGAAUGUGUGGAACUGAAAGAUGUUUUCACAGUGAAAGUGAAGAGACGUCGUUCUGCUGGCCAGCAGACAGGGGGAACUCUGCUGGGAAUCACUCUGUUCCAGUGUCAGAAGAAAGGAUCCAAGCUGAAGAACCGUGAAAUUCAUUUCAACAACAUGAGCACUGACCACUGUGAGAUCUGGUUCAAAAAUAUUAAGGAGAUACUCAGUGGUUUCCAGAACAGGCCCAAGUCCCUGAAGGUCUUUGUGAACCCGGCCAGUCAUAAAAAAGAAGCCUAUGAGAUUUACAGAGAUGAUGUGGCACCACUCUUUCAGCUAGCAGACAUCAAGACUGAUGUGACAAUCUCUGCAAGGAAGGGGCAUGCUCUCUCCAUUCUAAAGGAAUCCAACUUGGAUGCAUAUGAUGGGGUUGUGGUUGUCGGUGGGGAUGGCUCAGUUGCUGAGGUUGUCCAUGGGUUGUUGCUCCGGGCCCAGAUGGAUGCGGGCAGGGACACUGACUCCAUCUUCACGCCUGUCCGAGCACCACUUCCUCUUGGGGUGAUACCAGCAGGCUCCACGGACAUUGUGGCGUGUUCUCUCCACGGCAUACGGCACCCGGUCACUGGCGCAAUGCACAUCAUUAUGGGCAAUCAUCAGGAGGUAGAUGUGUGUAGUUUCAGUUCUUUUGGUCGCCUCCUGCGUUUUGGCUUUUCAGCCAUGUUUGGUUUUGGCGGGCAGACGCUGGCCCUGGCAGAGAGGAAUCGCUGGAUGCCACCCGGGCAGAGACGGGAGUAUGCAGUGAUCAAAACCCUGGCCAACCUCAAGCCUGAAGACUGUGAGUUGUCCUAUCUUCCUGUGAAGAAGGUCCAGACUGAGACACUGGAUCCAGUAAAAAAUGAGUCCAUUAAGGAUGAACAUGUCAUUGAAGGGUCAUGGUCGACCACCCAGGGUCUGUUCCUCAACAUCAGCGUCAUGGCCAUCCCUUGCCUCUGCUCCAUGGCUCCCAGGGGCCUCGCUCCAACCACCAGGUUGAACAAUGGCAGCAUGGCUCUGAUUGCAGCAAGAAACACUUCCAGGUCGGAGUUCAUCAAACACCUCAAAAGAUAUAACAGUGUGAACAAUCAGUUCAGUUUCUCCUUUGUGGAGACACAUACUGUACAGGCAGUAAAGUUGCGCCCACGCUCUCAGGGCAGUUGGUCUGACAAUGUCUCAGAGGACAACCGAGACUGUGAGUUUAAGAACCCACCCAUCAUCUCUUCCGAGGAAACCUACCUUUGGAAUGUAGAUGGAGACCUGCUGGAGGCGCCCUCGGAGCUGCUCAUCAGGGUACAUCCUCAACUCCUGACUCUAUUUGGAGUAGAUGUGGAAGAGGCAGAGGAGCCACACACCAAGUGUAGCUGCAUUUAACACUGUCUGUAGAUGGGAAUCUGAGCCUUGUCUUUAGACUGAAAACAAUCUACAAGAGACUCUAUACACAACCUACCACUGUCUACAAGAGUCUAUACACAACCUAUGUCUACAAGAGUCUAUACACAACCUACCACUGUCUGCAAGAGUCUAUACACAACCUACCACUGUCUGCAAGAGAGUCUUUACACAACCUACCACUGUCUACAAGAGUUUAUACAGAACCUACCACUGUCUACAAGAGUCUAUACACAACCUACCACUGUCUACAAGAGAGUCUAUAAACAACCUACCACUGUCUACAAGAGUCUAUACACAACCUACCACUGUCUACAAGAGUCUAUACACAACCUACCACUGUCUGCAAGAGAGUCUAUACACAACCUACCACUGUCUACAAGAGAGUCUAUACACAACCUACCACUGUCUACAAGAGAAGUCUACAUACAGCCUAAAACUGUCUGUAUGUAGGAGUUGUCUACACACACAACCUCCAUUUGCACUGUCACUACAUCCUACCUACAGGAAUUAAUUCUGGACAAAUCUGUGAAUGUUACCUACCAGCAUUAAUACUGUAAAACACAGUCAAUUGUGAGAACUUGAAUAACCAAAUAGGACAUGGAGACCCAUUAAAUAGGAAAUCUUGAUUUAUAUAAAAGCAGACAAAAUAAUAAUACAUUCCAGUGCACAAUUACAUAAAUUAUCCGACCGAUUAAGCAAAAUGUGUUGACAAACACAAUGUAGUCUGCCUGUUUUACAUGCCACGCAGCUAUUUGUUAAAAAAUUAAAUUAAAAUUGAAAUGUG